GUCGGGGAAAAACGCCAGUAGCAUCUGGACAAGAAUCAUGAAUAGAGCAGCGAGGAUUCUAGCGCUGCUCUGCGCAAUUUGCAUAUUCGCUGAGGCGCUGAAUGAAGAACAGGUGAUUUAUCGAUACAUUCGCGAACAUACAAUGGAACAAACAGAUAAUGUGGAAACUGAGGGUCCUCCCUUUAUGCCGGAAAACCCCAAAAGUGAAACGGAGCUGGAUAUUCCCGAAAAGAUUGAACCGAUCGAACCUGUUGAAAGCAUAAAACCACCUCAGGUGGAACAGGAAAAUUUGGCAGAUAUUCUGCGAGAAGUUUUAAAAUCAAACUCUGAAGAUUCACAAGCGAUCAUAGAAGCAGCUGUUAAAUCGGCUGCCAGCCAAAUUGCAGCUCAGGUUCAAGAUAAAAUGGAGCAAAGAUUGAAGAGGAUCGAAACACAAGCUGAGGAAAAUCUUCUCAAAUAUAAUGGAAUAGCAAUGUACAUGGCUGAGAAAUUUUACCUGAAGGCGAACAACGUAGAAAGGAAAAUUGCCAAGUCACUCGACUUGAUUAAUGAGAUUAUUCAGUACCAAAUGACGAAGGGCGAAAACGAUAGCUCGUCAGAGAGAAACUCAAGUAAAAAACAGAUGGCGAUGAAUACGAAUUUCAACUGCGAGGGAUACAAAAAAUUGGCUUUGAUGAAGGUCAGGUACGGAAAAUACUACAUCAGUGAAAAUAUGACGGAUUGGUUUGGGGCCAAGGAAUUCUGUGAGACGCAUGGAAUGGAGCUGAUCAGUUUUGAGAGAGUGAGCGAAAUGAGGUCCAUCUGGCAACUGGCGGAUGCUUCUAAAGAGUUCAUGGUAUCGUACUGGACGUCUGCAAGUGACAUUGGAUACGAGAGGGAACAGUUCCACUGGCGCAACGGGGACAAAAUUGAGAGCGAGCUGUGGAUAACCGGAACCCCGGACCCCGUGUUUCUGAGCAAUGAACACCAGCCGUCGUGUGUGAGUCUCUUCAUUGGUCGAUUACGCGCGACCAGCUGCCAUUAUCAGCGAUACUUUAUUUGCGAGGGCCUCAAACACGACAACAAAGCAGCUGCCUUUAAUCACAAGAUCACUGGCGAGUAGUGAGAAUUAAGACGCCCAAAUUGCAGAGCCUUUGAUCUUUGACGGAAUAAUAUAAUUGCACCGAAGAUGGCGAAUAAAUCGUUUCAUAAGUACAAAGGAAAAUAUAUUAAU